GCCUCUCCUGGUGGCUUCACGCGCAGUCACGCAGCCGCCUGGCUCUCUGUCGGUCCCGCUGUGUCUGUCCCUCUGUCCCUCUGUCCCCCUGUCCCCCAGUCCGUCUGUCUCUCGGAGUCUCAGUGUGCUCAGGUCCUGAGCCCAUCAUGGACGCCCUCAGCCGGCUGGAGAUCUUCAUUCCCCUGGAGGCGGAGGUGAAGAGCGUCCCCCUCGGCAGUCUACCCCGGGCGGUGCGGAAGCGCAUCGACCUCCGCCCCCCCUCCGGCCCCCCCGGGCCCCCCGGGCCCCCUGAGGGCACCUGGAUCAGCCCGGUGGUGCUGCGGAGGAGAGGUCAGCGGGGGGUGCCCCGCUCGGUGGAGAACCUGUCGUCGGUGCUGAGCUCCCAGGCCCGCUCCCUGCAGGCCCCCCUGGAGAUGUCCAUCGUGUCCCCCAACAGAGCCGCCUACAGCGUGCUGAGGGGCGCCGUGCCGGGGCGGCUGACCCCCGGGCCCUCCGGGGCGCUGCGGGCCGCCGUGCCGCCCGGCUGCAGGGGAGCGGUGGUCAUCUACCGGGGAAACAUCUACCUGUCCAUGAAGAAAGAGAGCGGACGCCCCAGGUCCAAGCCGGCCGCACAGUCCACACCAACCUCCUCCUCUGUGGUGUCGUCCACCAGCCAGAGAAAGGAGGAGCUGAGGGACAGCCGGCCAGUGGAGCAGCACAGCAGUCCAGCUGCAGAGCCGCCCCCGAAGGAGGCGCUGCCUCAGGAGGAGCUGGCCGUCAGUGACGGAGAAGAGGCUCGGAGCCACAGCUACGAGGCCAAGGGGGGCAGCCGGGGCCAGUCCCUGGGUCCAGGGACCACCGCCGCCGCAUCCCCCCCCCAGUAUGACUUCAAGUCUCUGGCUGAACAGGAGAUCAUCGCGCAGAAGAAGGCCAAACUGCAAGCUUUUGCCAAGAAACUGGAAAACUGAAACACAAGACGGCUCGAAGUGGACCACUAGACGUCCGGGACUGCAGCAGCCGUCUGGGACCGGACCUGCCGGUCCAUUGCGGGCCGUCUGGGAGUGCAGCGGCUGGUCUGUCACGGGCCGUCUGGGACUGGACCUGGCAGUCCGUCGCGUGCCGUCUGGGACUGGACCCACCGGUCCGUUGCGGGCCCGUCUGGCACUGGAUCGGCCGGUCCGUCGCGGGCCCGUCUGGCACUGGAGCGGCCGGUCCGUCGCGGGCCCGUCUGGG